GUAAAAUAGAGGUGCACUUAUUCUGAUCAUUGGUGCCUCCACAAGGCUACUUCGACACAGUUAUUACAAAACUCUGAAGAAAGAUGGACAUUAGCUUCAAAUGAACCGCAACACCAAAGAAGUUGUGUUUUGUAGUUUGACUUAUAAAGGCACCAACUUGUCAGAGAAUCAAUCUUCACCUUUGAAAAUACACCAUAGACUUCAAAAGGAGAGAGAGAGAGAGAGAGACCCACCUGUGUGACUUCACAGAACAGCUCAGAAACAGGAAGUGUGGUUAACGAGUCAGACUACAGGAAGUCCCAUCAUGUUAACGAGAGCUUGGUGUAACAUACAGAGAGGAGGGUGACGGACAGCUCUUAUCAGUACCAGAGGAGCGAGGCGUCAAGGGCGGAACUGCCGCUGUGAGCCAAAGAGCCCUACUCUCCUCUCUCUCUCUCUCCCUCUCCCUCUCUCCCUCCCUCGCCAACCCAUCUCUCAUCUGGAGGAAAAGGCCAGUCAGCGCGAGGGGGACUGUAUCACAGAGGGGGCUGACAUCCACACAAAGACCCCUCUCCCCAAGAGAAGGACUAACUGAAGCACAACUCUUCACUGUGAGGAUCGCUGUUUCCGUGGCGAGGGAGGUUCUCUGAAGGUUUUCUGGAGGUUGUGUGACCAUUGAGUUGAGGUUUUUGUCUGGAGGUCAGCGAGUGAGUGGUACCUGCAGCCAUGUCUCCGUUCCUGCGUAUCGGCUUCUCCAGCUUCGAGAUGGACCCAGGUCUGGCCUACCAUGAAGAGAUGAUCAACCCGUACUGUGCUGUCUACAUGAAGGAGGCUAUAGACACAGAGAAGGGCCAGGUGUACAAGCAGAAGAAGCCCACCAUGUACCCCCCCUGGAGCAGCACGUUUGACGCCCAUGUCCACCGGGGGCGUGUCAUGCACGUGGUGGUGAAGGAUAAAACCGCCGAGCUAAAGUCUGAAGCCAUGGUGCAGCUGGACACCCUGGCCUCAUGCUGCAAAAAGGAGAACGGCAAGCUGGAGAUCUGGGUGGAGCUGAAGCCACAGGGUCGUUUACUCAUGGAGGCCAGAUACUACUUGGAGAAGAGUGACGCCACAGGUUCAGGUGAGGGAGAUGGAUUUGGAGAGAGAGACAGGGAUCCGGGAGUCUUUGCCCUCCACGCACGACGCGGAGCCAUCAAACAGGCCAAGGUCCAUGAGGUCAAAUGUCACGAGUUCAGCGCCACUUUCUUCCCCCAGCCCACCUUCUGCUCCGUCUGUAAAGAGUUUGUCUGGGGUCUGAAUAAGCAGGGUUAUCAGUGUCGACAGUGCAACGCAGCCAUCCACAAGAAAUGCAUUGACAAAAUCAUCGCCAAGUGUACUGGGUCGGCUAUCAACAGCAAAGAGACCAUGAUCCACAAGGAGCGCUUUAAGAUCGACAUGCCCCACAGGUUUAAGGUGUACAACUACAAGAGCCCCACGUUCUGUGAACACUGUGGCACGCUGCUGUGGGGGCUGGCCAAGCAGGGACUCAAGUGUGAGGAGUGCAGUAUGAACAUUCAUCACAAGUGCCAGAAAAAGGUGGCCAACCUGUGUGGAGUCAACCAGAAACUGAUGGCUGAAGCCCUGGCCACGAUCGAGACUAAACAGCAGGCCAGGGGCUCCAGAGAGAGUGAGAUCUAUAGUCGAGGCGGGCCGGGGCGUCUGGGCCAGGCAGGGGUGGUGCGGGAACCUUCAGGUUUAGUAGCAGGUCUCCCCCCGACCGCAGCCACCGCUGGGCGAAAAGAGCAGCAGGGGAUAUCGUGGGACACCCCAGCGGAGGGGGACAUGCCGGCCCCUGUGAUGGAGGAGCCUGAGACGCUGUACGCCGUCCCCAGGAAAGAACACCUUCACAAGUUCACCCUGGACAACUUCAUCCUCCACAAGAUGCUUGGCAAAGGCAGCUUCGGCAAGGUGUUCUUGGCCGAGCUGAAGAGCAGCAGAGAGUUCUUUGCGGUGAAGGCUCUGAAGAAGGACGUGGUUCUGCUGGAUGAUGAUGUGGAGUGUACCAUGGUGGAGAGGAGAGUCCUCUCCCUGGCCUGGGAACAUCCCUUCCUCACACACCUCCACUGCACCUUCCAGACCACGGAGAACCUGUUCUUUGUGAUGGAGUAUCUGAACGGAGGUGACCUCAUGUUCCACAUCCAGAACUGUCACAAGUUUGACGUGCAGAGAUCGACGUUCUAUGCUGCUGAGAUUAUCUGUGGGCUCCAGUUCCUCCACUCCAAAGGCAUUGUCUAUAGGGAUCUGAAGCUGGACAACGUGUUGCUAGACUCAGAAGGCCAUAUAAAGAUAGCAGACUUUGGGAUGUGUAAGGAGAACAUGGAGGGAGAAACGCGGACCUGCACCUUCUGUGGAACACCAGAUUACAUCGCCCCAGAGAUUCUGCUGGGGCAGAAGUAUGGCAGCUCAGUGGACUGGUGGUCGUUCGGGGUCUUGCUGUACGAGAUGCUGAUUGGCCAGUCUCCAUUCCAUGGGCGCGAUGAGGAGGAACUGUUCCAGUCCAUCAGGACAGAUGACCCCUGUUACCCCCAAUGGCUGGCCAAGGACGCACGAGACAUCCUCAUCAAGCUGUUUGUGAGGGAGCCGGAGAGGAGGCUGGGUGUGAAGGGGAACAUCCGUCAACACUCCUUCUUCAAAGACACAGACUGGAACGCUCUGGAGAAACGAGAGGUGGCACCGCCCUUCAGGCCAACUGUGAAAUCCCCCAGUGACGUCAGUAACUUUGACAAGGAGUUUAUCAAUGAGAAACCCUGGUUGUCGUGUGCAGAUCGUACCCUCAUGAACAGUGUGGACCAAACCAUGUUUAACAACUUCUCCUUCGUCAACCCAGCUGUGAGCCACAUCAAUGGCCCCUGACCUGUGAUAACCUUACAACAACCUACCAGCAACAUAUCCACAAUCCAUCAACAACCCGCUGUAUCAGCAACAUAUUCACAACCCAUCUAUUACCUUCGGACAACCUAUCCACAACGCAUCAAUUACUCAUUACGACAACACAUCGCAGGCAGGAGUCAAGGACACUUACCUAACAGAUCAAUAACGUAUCCACAACCUGUCAAUAACACCUCAGCUCUUUUAUAGAGCCAAGGUGUACAGCAGUGGAGGCUGCUGAGGGGAGGACGGCUCAUAAUAAUGGCCCGGAACGACGCAGAUGGAAUGGCACAUGGAAACCAUGUGUUUGAUGUAUUUGAUACCAUUCCACUGAUUCCACUCCAGUCAUUACCACGAGCCCAUCCUCCCCAAUUAAGGUGCCACCAACCUCCUGUGGUGUACAGACUACUUUAGGAGUCACUACCCGAUUGCCCAGAUUGUGUGGAAUACUGAGAAUGUUGUAUUGUACUCAUAACCUGUUAUUCAAUAGUGUCUGUUUUAUCCCUGCAUAUAAGUGUCUGUUCAAUCUACUUUGACCAUUUACUGAGACAUUUUCUAUGUAAUUCUGAGUGCAUCUGUAGUUUUAUUCAAAAGAGCCACGGUUAGGCAGUUAGCUUAGUAUAUUAAAAUGUGUUGUUUUUCCAUUGGUAUUGCUCAGAUACAGGUAGAUUGUCACACUAUCGGACGGUGGAGUGGUUGGUUUCAAUGUACAUGGAUAAAUUAAUGCUUUAUGUUUACAUGAUACUGUGCUUUAUAAUUGCACUUCCGAGGCAUGUGAUCGCUGUGACUAAAUGAUUAUAGAUGCCUAGAUUCAGCAGUAAUUAUUUGUUUUUUAUCCUGUACAUUAAAAUAGGACUUUUGUAAA